GCAAAUCAUAGUUUCUGCAUUACAGGGAAAUAUGAAGUGUCUACAGGAGCCGAUUCAUCUGUGUGUAUCAGCCAUGGCAAGGCUGUGGUCGAGGUAACAAAUGCUCCCGUUGUCGUGAAGCCGGAUUUAAGCAUAGCCGGCUACCAUUUCACAGCUACUGUAACGAACAAGGAAAAGCCUCUACCGGAUGUUCGCCUUACCUUGUAUUCAGAGGUUAAGCCAGAACUCACUGACUGCAAAGCUAUUUCUUCACCGGUGAAAGGUGCCGAAUCUGCCAAGUUCUCGUGUCCGAUCGGUGCGACGUCAGCUGAAGGUCGUGUUGUGGUACCAUGUUUGCCAUCAGGAACAUAUUUCAUCACGGCUGAGUACAAAAAUGGCGAUACGGAGUUCCAGUUCAAACCUUCAGUGCAAAAGCUAGUUGUGAAGGACCGCGCCACCACGAUUUCGUUCUCCGUCAGUGGAUUUACAGCACGUGGACGAGUUGUUGUUGGCAAUAAAGGAAUAUCUGGGGCAGAAGAAGGUCCAGUUGAGGUCACAGCACGUGCACCUCACGCCAAAUUCAGCACAGUGAAGAGCACCUUGACUCUUCCAAAUGUCAGUAUUCGAGAUGUGGUCGUAGAAGGAUUUGAUGUUUGUGGAAGCGUUGAAAAGAUGGCCAGUGAGGCAAUCGCAACGCCUCUCGUGCUGAAGCGUGUCGAUAAUGCAGAUACCGUCUCGAUUCGACCAGCUGCCGAUGGAAAAUUUUGCAAAAUGGUUCCACCGGCAAAGUAUACGAUUUCGGUGCGAGUUAUGGUUAUUAGUGCUCUUACUUGCUCAAAACUUCCAAAUAAAGUUUCUUCGUUGAAGCCAGCUGACGCCGCUUCGACAUUGACGCCACGAUCACUGGAUAUCGACCUAACUGCAUCAUCUGUGCGCGAUUUACGCUUUACGCACUUCAAGACGGACGCCGUGGUGCUUGUCACUUGUAUAGGGACGUGCGAAACCUUGUCGAUAUCGUUGUUGCAUGGAGGGAAUGUUAUCAACACAGUUCGUGGCAAGGAUGAAUUUAUCUUCAAGAGUAUCGGCCCUGGAAAUUAUAGAGUUCGAAUCGACGAAGGGGACCGAGGUUGCUGGGAACAACGUGAGCUCCCGUUGGUCAUUGAAAAAGUUCGCCCUCAACCAGUGCAUUUCGUACAGAGUGGCUUUGCAAGCAGUAUCAAGCUCAGCCAUCCAGCGCAACUGAAAUGGUCUCAUAUCGAUAAGAAACAACUUCGUGGAGAUGUUAACGCGCCUGCUGGUUUGUCAUCAAUUUGUGUGCCAGUGCAAGGUCGAUAUCAUGUGCAACUGAUUUCCUGCAUGAAUUUUGAACCACAGCAGUUUGAUAUAAAUGUUGCAUCUGAUCACGUUUACGAAUCGAAAGCACUCGAUGCAAAGAUCAGUGGUGUUAUAAAGAGCACGGAUGGAAGCGGAUUCAUUGUGAAAGUGAAGGGAGAUUGUGCCGAAAAUGUGGUGCAGUUCGUUGCUACUAAAGGAAUAUUUAUCGAUGGAUCGAUUAUUCCGGCUGUGGCUGGUGUGAAGGUUACUGCUCAACACAAACAAGACGUAAGCAUCCACUUCCAAACGAUUUCCGAUGCAAAGGGAAAAUACCGAGUUGGUCCCGUUCGUCGCGCCGAAGACAUGAAAAUUACCGCUGAACUUGACGGUUAUGCGUUCGCCGAGAAACCCGGUCAUGUUGGUCAAAUAAUGAGCACCAAACUUAGCAAGUUGACAGUUGUCGUGUCGGAUAAAGAGACAUCUGAACGCUUAGAUGACGUGCUCUUGUCGAUUGUCGGUGGAAAGGAUUAUCGGAGUAACAGUAUGAUCGAUAAGUCAGGAGAAAUCAAUUUUGUGGGAUUGGCCCCUGGUGAUUACUUCCUUCGAGCAAUCCUGCAGGAGUAUAAGUUUGAACCAUCAACGACGACGAUCACAGUGAAGGAGGGUCAGCACGAACAUGUUGAGCUUCGUGGAAAAAGAGUGGCAUUCAGUGUGUUUGGACGUGUACGUGAGAUGUCCGGAUCGUCUGUGGUUGGAGCAGUGGUGGAAGCGCUGUCUGAACAAUGCGAUCAGCAUCAAUCAGAAGCUGUCACCGGAAAAGAUGGUUCCUUAUCGUAUCCGUGCAUUGAAACCUGGCUGUCAAUAUCGAGUGUCGAUUAA